AUGGGCUCUUGGGAUAGCUAUUGUGCCAUAUGUGGUGGACCGUUUGAUAGAUUGACUGUGGCGCAAAAGCCACGCAGCGAGCGAUUCCUUCGCCGUCACGGUCUUAGCCAAUCGCAGUCGUCCAGCUCAGCGCAAGCAAAUCACUCUACGGAAGACGGCAAUGAAGAUACAACAGCCGAGACAAGCGAUGAUGAGGCGGCUGGUGAAGCACCCCUUGGAACGAUGACACAGGAGGAUGCGAGGGAAGAUGGCUCAUACGACUGCGAUGUUGUAACCUCAAGAGAGGUUGCCUGGGUGAGAGAUCUUCACAUCUUAAUGACCAAUGAGAAUCUAGACACAGGAGAAAGGGUUGCCUGUGUUUCAGGCGUCGGCGAAUUCCACGAUAACACCCAGGCCAGCGUCGAUGACGGCGACGACCCCAACUGGGACCCAGAGGCUGAGAUAGUCCUCUAUGACGGUAGCUUUCCGUUCCACUGGCCCUGUUAUGAGAUUCUCGGCACGGUUCUCGAGGGCAAAGCUGGAAUCGCUGGCUUGAACAAAUUGAAUCUCUAUAACACUAUGUUGCAUGCCAGCGGUGUGUGUUGUAGUCGCCUAGAAAGUCUCGAUUACGGCGACCCUGGCCCACAUAAUGAACAGUGGUGGGCAUAUGAACCGGGGACAGAAUUUCUCGUCGUUCAUCCAACGAUUUCACUGGAGAAAACUACUGCAUUGAUACGAGAGCGAUGGAUGAGGAGUACUCAAGUGGUGAGUCCUUCUGAUCGCGUGCGUCGCAUCAGUGCAGAUAGUUUUCAGAAACUCCCGCUGGAGUUGUUGCUCAAGACAUGCAACAUGUUGGGUCCCCAAUCUCUAUACCAACUGGCCUUGGCAUCACCGACCGUCGAUGCUUUGUUGGGAGACAAGCCGUUCUGGGGACAGUAUCUCUCAAUUCAUAUGCCCUGGAGCUAUGAGCUACUGUCAUUACUCGAUGACGAGUCGCAAACCUCUUUCCAGAAUGCAGACUUCAAGUCUCUCGUCCGGUGGGUGGACCAAGAGUCGACCCCACGACAUUGGAUGCGCGGUCCAUUUAUGAGCAUUGCCAAUCGUCGACGCAUAUGGCACGUCUGCGAACAGUUGAAGCCAGUCUAUUCGGGCCGUGAUGCACGAUUUCCGUUGACGGUAUUCCAGAAAAGACGAGUUAAUCUGAGAAGGGCGCGAAUGGGCAUGCCUCUUCUGCCAUGA